AUGGCCACUGACGAUACCUCGUCGCAUGCGAAACCCUCGACCCGCAACGUCCAGCACGUCGUCCUCGGAAACCUGCGUUUCCAGACCUGGUACCAAUCAAUCUACCCCGAAGACCUCGUGAGCAAGGAAACAGACACUCUGUACGUCUGCCGCUGGUGUUUCCGCUACGCAUGUGACGUAAACACCCAUGCAACACACACAAAACUCUGCCCGCACCGGACGACGCCGCCAGGGACAAAGGUCUACGACAACGGAGGCUAUUCCGUCUGGGAGGUUGACGGCGCAGACCACAAACUUUUUGGGCAGAACCUGUCGCUUUUCGCGAAACUGUUCGUCGACCAUAAAUCCGUCUUCUUCGAUGUCGUCUCCUUCCUCUACUAUAUCCUCGUCUUCACGGACCCCAAUGACCCGGACAAGAGUUAUCACAUCCUGGGCUUCUUCUCCAAGGAGAAGCUCUCGUGGGACGCGAAUAACCUAGCAUGCAUUCUCGUCUUCCCUCCAUAUCAGCGCAAACAGUUGGGCAAGCUGCUAAUGGGGGUGAGCUACAAACUCAGCGGCUGGGAGCAGGAUAGCAGCCGAAUCGGCGGUCCGGAACGGCCCCUCAGCGAGAUGGGUCGCAAGAGCUACGGUCGCUUCUGGGAGGAGCGUAUAGCACGAUAUCUUGUUCUGCUAUCCUCCAACACCACCACCGCAGGCGAAUCGGAAGACACAAAGACGCAAAAGUCCUCAUCAGCCAAGGGCUCCCGCAAGAAAAUUACGCAUGAACUCAUGACAGUCCAGGAGAUCGGUCUGGCCACCGGCAUGCUAACAGAGGACAUAAUCACGACCCUUCGGAGUCUGGGAGUUGUCGAGCCUGCAUCACCGUCAAAGACACGCGAGGGAGCGUCUGCGGAGAGCGAGGCAGUCCCGCUCGUCGUGAGGAGAUCCAAGGUUCUCGACUGGGCCAAGUCGAGUAAUGUCAACUUGCGAGACCCAGUAAGGGACGAAGGCUUCCUCCUCAACCACUUGUCCGCCGGUGUGGUCCGCGAGACAGCUUCUCUAGGCAGUGAUGAUGACGAGUAA